GUUCGACCGUUCAGUUUCUCGCCCGAACUCGCGGCACCGACAACCGCGAGAGAGCAUCGACACACCGCAGAGCACUUGUCACUCGCAGCUGAUCAGAGAGAUCGCGAUCAUCUGAAUAUCGCGGAAGAAGUUUGAAGACGAAGAGAUCCGUUCGUGCGGGCUCGUGUUUCCGUCCGCGCGUACCCCUGGAACAGGGAUAACCCCUGACGGGGAGGGCUGGCUGCUUCGGGGUCGCUCAGAGGCACCUUCUUCGUGGAACUGUCCUAGGUCGGGUUAGGUCCUGGGGGAUUGCCAUGGCCACCUACGCGACGUACAGGCAUGUCGAACUCGACAAUGUUGGAUACGGGAAGAAAAGGGUGCUGAAACCGCCCGGCGGCGGCAGCAGCGAUAUAUUCGGCGCGGCCCCGGAAGAGACGAGCCCGCGGCGUGUCAAGGCCUACAAUCAGUCCCAGCUGGGCUCGGCCCUCUUCGGCAACAUCAACGGCACCGACAAGUGCGACAACGGAAACGCUGCCGUGUCGCCCCGCAGCAACAAGCCCGGUAAUGAUUCAUACAAACGCCUGUUUGGCCCCCCCGAUGCCCCACCCACCCCAAAUGCGAGAAAUCGUAUGCGCAGCAAUAUUCCCCUCAGCGGGGGAUCGUCGAUCUCGUCGCUAUCGUCGGGCGCCGCGACGUCGCCCGCGAAGAGCACGGCCAGCAGCAACUCGUCGGGCGGCAUCGCCAACGGCUAUGCCAGCAACGGCAGCAACUCGUCCAAUGAUAUGACAGCUUUUAGGAGAAAGAAACGAUUUCGAGGAUUGCCGGCGCGCAACCCGGUCACCGGAGACGGAAUCGAGAUGACGCCCUUGAGGCGCAUCCCACGAAAGUAUCGAGAUGGCAAUCCGGUAACCGGAAUCGGCUACGCAUCUGAGGCACAGAAGAACGGGCCGGCCAUGCAGAACGGAAUCGCCAGCUCGAAUUCCAGCAGCAGCGGCGAGAAGUCGAACGACACGUCGCCGGCGACGGCCAAGCCGCCGACGCGCACCCGCGUCCCGCCCGGUGGCUAUUCAUCCGGACUCUGGUAAAGGGCGACGUCGUCGCCAUCGGGAGAGGGGUGUCAUUCCGUCCCCGCCCCCUCUCCCCCUCCUUCGAAGGGGGAUUCCCUCUGGAUAAUUCUUUCGGUCCUGUACUAUUAACCCAUUAAAGCCCAAAAAUCUCCACCUAGAGCCUUUCUUAAUCGUCGUCCGUUCCGAGCGGAAGUCUAUUUUGCCACUGUACACCUGCAGCGACGAGUAAUAAUACCUUUUCUAUGAUUUUUCUAGACAUACGAGAUAAUAAAAAUAGAGAGACAGAGGCGAGAUAAUAAAUCGUGGGCUUUAAUGGAUUAACGCUACACAUCAUUCUCUUUCGCUUUGUACUAAUUCAAGGAAAUACACACGGAAUGUGGAGUUAAGAAUGAGUUAACUCUUUUAGGCCUCUUGAUUCUCGGACGACGGAGUGUAACUCUUUCGGCCUUCGGGGAGAACACAGUGAAAUUGAUUCCGGAUGUAAUACGCGCUAACGUGAUCAAUCGCCUCUUUCAAAACGAGGAUGUUAAACGAUGUUCGAUGCCGGGGUCGAAAGGGUUCAACGAAAGAGCGGACGAAAGUAAUAAUAAUAAUAAUAUUAAAACUGCGAAUUCCUCCCUCUUUCCCUAGAUAUUCGCAACACAGAAACGAGCAGUGGGUUGCGUUCAAUCAGCAAUGGUGAAGAUCAUGUAUUUAAAUUUAUCGAGAUUAUAGAUACAUUAGAUACAUCGUGAGUUCUCUGGAUUUCAAUCGCGUCACACACGCGGACUCGUAUUUUAUGUCAAAGAUUAAUUAAUUAAUUGUAUUUGCGAGAAAUCGAAUUGCAUUGAGUGGAGAACAGAAGAAUGAGCCUAGAAAACAGUCCUAAAUCGGGAUAUAAGUCUUUAAAAUGUCUUUUAGACGCCUUUCAGACGUCUCUCGCAAAAAUGUCUUCGAAGCGUCUUUUAGACGUCUUAUGUCUCGAUUUUGUGUCUAGUAGGGAACAGAGGCAAAAGUGUGUGUCUUCGAAUAUUUAAAUGCCGCCACCGCGGCAUUUCUCCUGCGUGGUAGAUGUGGGAGCGCGCGCGAGGACGAAACAAAUCCCCGGGUUCCCUUGAGCGUAAAUUACCGGUCCUUCAAUUAGCAACCUCCAGCAUGGGAGGAGCAACUUUAUCGCGUAACUGUAUAGAGGUAGUUAAAGCGAUCAUCGCGCGUAAAGCGUACACCUUCGCGGCUGGCGCGCCGGUCGACGAACGAUUCGUGGAGUCGUAAAUCACUUUGUUAGGAAGCGCGAUUUCCUAUCGGUGAAAAAAAAAAACGAUUUACAUAUAAUGAAUCAUAUGAAUAAUUGGGGAAGAUCAAGUACAUAACUCUCGAUGGAAGGGAAAACAAUCAAGUUUGAAAUACAAAAUUAUAUAGUAAGAAAAUAUCUUAAGAUUUAUGAAAGCCGCCAGAGACUUGUGCGAUUUAGCGAUCCAGGAUAAACCUAAAAAAAAGGAGAGAAGUUAACGUUCAAUUUCUGUCUCAAAAUAUUUGCUAUAAAUAAACGCCACUUUGCUGUAUCGAUCAAUAAUCCAGUCACAGAAUGAGAAUAUAAGUCGAAUGUUAAAAUCAUGCGUAUUUGGAGUACUUGCGAUCUAACGAUCUGUAGGAUAAACCUAAAAAGAAGAAAAUUUUGGUUUGCGUUUCGAAAUAUUUGCCAAUAAAUGCCACUUUGCUGUAUCGCUCAAUAAUCCAAUCAUAGAAAUAUAAUAUAACUCGAAUGUGAAAAUUAUGUUCUCUUUGCAACGGUUUUAUGAUAUUCGAUUCAUUGAUGGUUGUCAACUCGAGUGCUCCGACAUUUUCACCCAUGUUGUUCAAAGUGCUUGGUUACGAUAAGCAAGAGCGUUGCUCGGUUUUUAUUUAUGCGACCCAUUCAUUCGCGAUCCCGAACGAUCUGGUCUUGUCACCGUCGAGCGACCGCGACCGUUUUGCUCGUUUCCACGUGUUGCUGCAUGUCACUAUCCGUUUAAUUGAAGAACUCGCUCCCACCUCCGAGGUGAAGGGCAACUGACACGUAUGUUCAUGUAUCAGAACGCAUAACAGAAGAAUACUGUGAUCGUAUGACCGUAGGACUGCGAUCGUUAACUAUAGAAUGCGGCGUUGAUUAGGAGCGAGAACAGAGUAAAAAAAAAACGUUGCACCAAUCAAUCCUGUCAAGCGUUCGAAGAAAAAAACCUGUCAGAACAACACGUAAUUAAUGGGAUAAUUGACAUUUUGAAUAGAGUAACCGUCGAUUCGUGGUACUGUUUGAAAAAAAAAGGAAGAAAGACGAAGUGUCGAUGAUUCGAGUCGCGUACGAUUAGGAACGUGAGAGGAAUGGACUGAGAAGUAGCAGCAGAGCGCGCGUUUGACAAAUGAAUCUGCGAGAUGGAGACCUCGGAACUGUAUAUUAGAAGUAGGCAUGUGUUAUUUCGAGAAAUAAAAGUGUACUAUGUAUAACCCAUUGAAACCAA